UAUAUAUACAUACAAACUGUCCAGUCUGUAUUGUAGUCUGUAGGCUCCCUCCAGACCUGCCGCUUUACCUUCCCUCCUGCAACGCCCACGCCCUCUCAGCUGCAUCCCCCACACCACACCUCUCAUCGUCAUUCAUACUCAAUCAAGAAGAUUCUCUGCAUACGUUGCCGGAAGUUGCUCCAGUCCAUCGGAGGUCUAUUUGCGGUUUUGUGUUUUUCUGCGUGCUUGUGACAUUUCUGCUUGCUGAGGCUAUCAUCUGAAGGGCAAUAUUUGCAAGUUCUUUCCAUUUGAGGCAAUAUUUUAUAUGGUCUUCUGAAAAGUAGUAAAAAUUAUCUGAUAAGUGGAACUCACUUUCUGUAGCUGAUGAAGGCAGCAUUAUGGCUUCAAGCUAUCGUGUUGUGGUGCGGAUUGUUCUUCAAUACACUAGGUUUGUUUGUUGGGGUAAAUAUUGGAACUGAUAUAUCAAAUCUUCCUUCAGCUGCUGAGAUAGUUGCAAUUCUUAGAGCUCAACAAAUAAAUCAUGUGCGACUUUUUGAUGCCGAUCCUCGCAUGCUGAAUGCCCUCUCAAACACUGGGAUUGAGGUUAUGGUUGGUGUCAAAAAUGAAGAAGUCAUCGGUAUUGGAAGAUCAGCUUCAGCCGCUGCAGCCUGGAUCAAUAAAAAUGUGGCAGCUUAUGUGCCCAAAACUAACAUCACUGCCAUUGCUGUGGGCAGUGAAGUCCUUACUUCGACCCCAAAUGCAGCCCCCAGAUUAGUCCCUGCUAUGAAUUUCCUCUACAAGGCUCUUGUUGCUUCAAAUCUAAACAAUGUUGUCAAAGUAUCAACCCCGAAUUCGAUGGACAUUAUUCCUCAGCCAUUUCCACCUUCGACUGCAUCCUUUAACAUGACUUGGAACUCUACUGUCUACCGGAUCCUGCAGUUCUUGAAGAACACUAAUUCCUUCUUCAUGCUGAAUACUUACCCUUACUACGAGUAUGUCAAAGGCAACGGCAUAUUCCCUCUGGAGUAUGCCCUUUUCAAACCGCUUCCCUCGGUCAAGCAAAUUGUGGAUCCGAACACCCUUUUUCACUACAGCAGUAUGUUCGAUGCUUUGGUGGAUGCUGCCUAUUUCUCUAUUGCUGCAUUCAACUUUUCAGGGAUUUCUAUAGUUGUUACUGAAACUGGAUGGCCAUGGUUUGGUGGUGCUAACGAACCUGAUGCCACUGUUACUAAUGCUGAGAUGUACAACAAUAACUUGAUUAGGCGUGCAUCGAAUGACUCUGGUACGCCCAGUCAACCUCGACUUCCCAUUAAUGCAUACAUAUAUGAACUGCUCAAUGAAGACAAGAAGCCUGGACCGGUUUCGGAGAGAAAUUGGGGAGUCCUGUUUCCCAAUGGGACUAAUGUUUAUGAUGUGAGUUUCAGUAGUGGCAGUCUCGGCGCUAAUUCAUCGACAGGGUAUUGUGUGGCAAGACCAGGCGCGGAUGAACGUUCCUUGCAAAGUGGACUCGACUGGGCUUGCGGGCCUGGUCAAGCUAACUGCAGUGCCAUCCAGCAAGGGCAGCCUUGUUACACACCGAACACUAUCGAAAAUCAUGCUUCGUAUGCUUAUAAUGACUACUAUCAGAAAAAGCAGAGCUCCGGUGCGACUUGCGACUUUGGGGGCUCAGCUACACUAACCAAUGUCGAUCCUAGCUAUGGCUCAUGUAUAUUCACAGGAAGUCUGAAUUCAAGCAUCGGCGGGGGAGGGCAGUUCCCGCCUCCGGCAUUUGGACCGCCGGCGUCGGUAAGCUCAAGAAAUUCAUUUUGUUUUGGCACAAUUGGUUGCUUAAUGAUAAUAGUAAUAAUAUCAUCAAUGUGAAGAAGCAUAGGAUUUUGAUUCUUGAUUAGCUUUACUUUGAAAUCUGGGGUGAUUGCAAUGAAGCUUCAAUGUACAAUUGCUCAUGCAACAUUUUUUUUUUCAAUUAUUAUUAUUAUUAACAAUGUGCAUG